AUGGUGUUAUACAAACGGAAACCAAUAAUACUGCCGCCUCCAAGACCGCUGCCUUCGAAUAUAAACGUAAGGGUCUGGCACAUAAAUGAAAGUGGAGAAUGGUUCACAAAGUACACAGAGUAUCUAGAGAGGAUGGAUUUUUACAUGCGGCGGCAGUUCACAUGCGAGAUUACCGGAACUUCGUGCCUGACGUUCUUUGAGGCCCUUAACAGCGAGGAGAUGCAGUUCCGGGCCGUAGAGGAGAAAUUUCCCUUGAAACUGCGAGAGCCCGUGGCCAAAUUUCUACACUUCAACGAGACGCGGCGAGUGGAUUUGCUCGUCGAACAGGUAUAUUCCAGGUUCAAAAAAGAUUUCUACCCUGGCGAAAGAGUGUACCUUAGAAAGAAGAUCGCGGCGCCGCACACGCCGAGUCCCACAGGCCAGGCCGUUGAGGAGAACGACAAACACACACCCAUGCCACUACAGAAUCUGCAAAGACCGUACCUGGUUAAGGAAAAAGCAUCUUUCAAUGCUGUUGUUGACUUUGCAACCAAGGAAGAGAUACGAAGCGCGUACUCCAAAUAUAUGAUUACCGAGGAAUUCGGCUCAAAGUCUCUAAUGGUGGACGAGGAUGAAAUAUUCAGGGACCGCUGUACCUUCACAAAACAUCUAAUCAAGUGCUUCUGCAAAAUUACAUUGCGGCGUGCUUCAACCAAGAUUGGCGCUCCUCUAUGCGUAAAGGACGAGUACUUAUCCAUGUACGGACUAACCCUAGAUUGGCCGCCAUCAAUGUUGCAGUACAAAGUCGACACACCCGCUGAACCCGUGGUACCCAGCGACGCGCUAUCCUCUCCAUCAGCAUAUCACGGCUACAGCUAUCAAGAAGAGAAGUCUGGAAAACGGCCGAAUGAUCAAAUUGAAGGCGAGCUACCUGGAAUAAAGCGAUCGAAGUCCCCCAGUGUGUUUCCCACGCCUUAUGACGUUAAUGAGUUUCGAGAAACAAAGGCUACGUAUAACGGACCUAAUAGGGCCUUACAGCAUGCUUUUUGUUAUAGCCAGAAUUUAAACCGAGUACCGCUUAAUAAACCUGGUAGCAGAUUCGGCAAGAUGAACAAGCUUCUUGAGGUUUACCAGUUCUUUCAGACAUUCAGCAAAGUACUUUAUGUUUCCCCGUUUUGCCUGGAUGCUUUCGUAUUUAGCUUGAAAUACACGGAUGUGCGGGAAAUGGAAGGUGUCAAAAUCCAAGCUAUCACUAAUAUUCCUGGGGUGAGAGAAAAUACCCCCGAAAUAGCAGACACUCCAAUUAGCGAAAUGUCUGAAAUAGAGAAAUGGGCUGAAGAGCAAAUUCCGGGGAUUUGCGAAUUCCUUGAAAGCCAGAAAACCCCGCUUGUUAGUUACGUUUUGAGAAAGAGCCGGGAUUUAAAUGAUAAUUUUUUGAAUGAUAUUUAUUCAAACGGAACUGCAUUAAUUAUCGAAUGUUUUGUGGCUCUCGAGCGAUUAUUCAUAGAUGAGAAUGGUGAAUGGAGAUGUCUUGUAAUGGAUCAAUGGUACGAUAGCGAAGAAGAAGAGCAACCUUCUGAUAGUACCAAAAGCGCUCAUGACGAUGCUCAUAAAAUAGACGAUGAGGGAAAAAGCAUAGUUGAGAAAGAAGAUGAAAUUAGCAAUCCCGAAGUCGACGAUUUGCUGGAAAAAUGUCUCAAUUAUCGCAAUGUAAAUUGGUCUGAGAGACUCAGUAAGAGGCAAUUCAAAAACGGAUCCUGGUUGAUCAUUUUACUGGGAAUUUUUCAAGAUUGCAUACAUCUUCCGAUGUACACUGAAUUCAUACAAAAAUUUGUUAAGGCAAUAGUACCGCCAGAGCCUACUACGCCAAACUUGAACAAAGUUCUGUGGCAAAAUUUUUGUGAAAAUCUCAGGCUGGAGGAUAAAUUAGAAGCACUUUGGGUCCUGGUGGAUGUGGCCUCAAACUUUUCUCAAGAUAUAAAGGUGUUCAUUGAGGAUACAAUGGAAGUUUGUGUCCAAAUUCGAAGCGAGAGACUCAAAAUAUCGAAAAGAUUGAAAACAGAGACAGCAAAUCUCGUAGAUCUCAACGUUAAGCUCAAAGAACUGGAGAGCUCUAGCGAAAAGAUUCUUGAGAUUACCAACGACGAAGUUCAAGCUCACAUAUCUGCUCAGCAGGAGAAAAUCGAUAACAUCAACAAAGAUAGAGAAACUUUAAAUCAGAAGUUAAUUGAAAAUGAUAUCCGGAGAUUAAAUUCCCUAGGAAUGGAUAGAAACGGCAACAAAUACUACUGGCAAGAACUUUGCGGGGUCCAGCGAACAAGGGGAGGAAAAGAUGCUGACUUUGGGUCAGGCCGGCUGUGGGUACAAGGCACUGCCCUAGGGGAUGCAAAACGAUUACUUCAUUUGCCUUCUAAGGGCGCUAGUUUGUGGAAAAAACUACUUUGCAACUCGACAGCUGGGCAAGUUGUUGAUCAGCUUUUUCCUGGAGAAGGACCUGCCGGUAACGAACUAGUUCCCGUUGAGUAUCAGGAGGAUGGCAUGGUGCAACCAAAUCUAAAACACCUGGUGGAAGGCUUCAGCACUUUAUCUCCAAUUCAGAGAAAAAUUCUGGAUGAAUCUAUUCAGGGGCUUCUUUUAGGAGAACACGCGUGGGCUUAUAUUGAAACGCCGAUAGAGAUAAAUGUGUUGAUUACGUGGCUAACAGAAGGUGGAAGCGUUGAUCAAACACUAUCUAGACAAGCCCGAUCCAUAAAGCCUGCUUUGCUGGACACCCUUGACCAAAAGGAAAAGGUGUACAAGACGGAGCAGAUUCCGGAAAACCAAGAGGCGCUACUAAAAAGAUUUGAAGAGAGCAAAAUCAAUGAAACCGACGCUCAAGCCUGCCAGGGCAGAACAGUAAGCGAUCAUAUACCAGACGACGAAAAAGAACUGGAAGCUAUUGCAGAGGAGAUAAUGGCUUUAGAUGACACGGCAUCGAAGACAAGGACUGCAUUGAAUAGAAUUAAAGAGCUGGAAGAACGCCGUGACUUUUUGCUCAAUAAGAGAACAUUCGAGAGUCACGCGACAAGAGUACAGUCGAGGGCUCAGCACCAAAAGAUAUCUCAAGAGAUCGAAAAGAAGCUCGAUGCUCAAGAAGCGGCUUUGAACGAAUGCUGGCAGUUGCCUCUUUCAAGCUCAAGAGCUGAAGCUAUGAACUGGAAAAAUGAACUAGCUUUAAGUGCUUGGGGAUUGUCGUUGUACGCAGGCGCCACAGGGAAAGUGAAAAAUGGGAAUCAGUUAUCUGUCAAGCAAAGGAUGGCUGAUAUUUUCAGUAGUUUACUGAGCUACGGGCAGAAUGAUCACGAUAAUGCAUGA